UCUGAAAUUUCUAAAAUACAAACAAAAACCAGCCAAAGAAAAUAAAAAAUAAAAUGAAGACUUACAUCAUUUCUGCAACGUUUUUAGCUCCCAUCCUUCUUGUUCUUCACCUAAAUUUGAUAUUACUACAUAUAACUCCUGUGUUCUCAGCUCCUCUAGCACCGAUCCCGACUAGGAAAGCGAGUUUGCAAAGUUGGUUUGCUGCAAAUAUACUCCCGUUUGAUAAACGUGAAGCUGAUCUUGAUCCAGCUCUUGUAACAGCCGAGAAAGAUGUAGUAAUAAUCAAAGUUCGUAAAGAUGGUUCAGGUCAAUUCAAAACUCUAACCGAAGCCGUUAAAUCUAUACCGAAAGCAAAUACUAGACGUACCAUCAUUUCGAUUGGUCCCGGAGUUUACAAAGAGAAGGUAACCAUAGAAAGAGACCAACCAUUUGUUACGUUUUAUGGUGAUCCCAAAGAUAUGCCAACUUUAACGUUUGAUGGUACAUCCAAAAAAUAUGGCGGUACAACUUUUUGUGGCUCUGUCACAGUUUAUUCCAAUUUUUUCAUGGCUGUCAAUGUCAUCUUCGAGAAUUCAUCGCCGAUGCCAAAGUUGGGAAGCAUGGAUGGUCAAGCAGUGGCAUUAACUCUGGUUGGGGAAAAUGCCGCGCUAUACAAUUGCAGGUUCAAAGGAUUUCAAGACACAUUAUGUGAUCUUCAUGGCAAUCAUUUUUUCAAAGAUUGUUAUAUCGAAGGCAUGGCUGAUUUUAUAUUUGGAAAUGCCAAAACAAUCUAUCUGAAUACGGAGAUAAAAGCACUUUGGGACUUAGGGGGAGUUAUAACAGCCCACGGAAAGGAAAAACCGUCAGACGAUACUGGAUUUGCAUUUGUGCACUGUUCAAUUUCGGGUGUCAGUAAUGGACAAACAUACCUAGGUCGAUUGUGGAAACCCUAUGGAAAAACUGUCUUCUUGUACACAGACAUGUCAAAUGUUGUCCAUCCGGAAGGAUGGAGCGAUAAUGGAAAUACUGGAGUUGAUAGUACUUUAUACAAUGCAGAGUACAUGUGUACGGGGCCAGGAGCAAACCUACGGGGUCGAGUAAAAUUUGCCAAGAAAUUAACAGAUGCAGAAGCAAAACCCUUCAUGGAUCUCAAUUACAUAGGAGCUGCAAACUGGCUUCUCCCUCCUCCUCCGGUCAAAUAAUGUGGCUUCUCCCUCCUCCUCCAAGUCAAAUAAAUUCCAGCUCUCAGUCAAUUCCGUAUCAAGUUUGGCCUGUCUUCGGUUUGUACGGAUUCGACUUGUAGAGAAACACUUUAGUAUGCUUAGUUUCCAAGUUUUUUUUUUUUUUUCCGUUUUCAGACGAAAUGCAUGUUGUUCAUUUUUGCGAGCAUAAGAUCGCUAAGUGAUAAUAAGCUCAUUGCACAAUUUUUUUUGGGGAUUUUAAUAAAGUGUCACACUUUUAAUUUCAUGUU